AUGUCAGCUGCCGAAACUAACCAACUUCAAGAAUCCUUGGAGAAGUUGAAUAUUGAAUCUCCAUCCGAUUUGCCACCAGCUGAAGCUUCAACCGUCACCGCUACCAAUACCACUGGUGAGGCCGAUGCCAAUACUGGCUCGGUUAAUGCUGCUGCUACUGCUGCUACUGCUGCUACCGCUGUUGAUGACGUUUCAGGCGAAGACCAAACUGAGUCCGGAGGAGUUGCUGAAAGUUCAGCAUCGUUGUAUGUUGGAGAGUUGAACCCAUCGGUUAAUGAAGCAACUCUUUUUGAGAUUUUUUCUCCAAUUGGUCAAGUUGCAUCGAUCAGAGUUUGUCGUGAUGCAGUCUCCAAAAAAUCUUUGGGUUAUGCUUAUGUCAACUACCACAAAUUUGAAGAUGGGGAAAGGGCUAUCGAGGAACUCAACUAUACUCCUGUUGAAGGCAGACCAUGUCGUAUUAUGUGGUCACAAAGAGAUCCUUCUUCCAGAAGAUCAGGUGACGGUAACAUUUUUAUCAAGAAUUUGCAUCCAGCUAUUGACAAUAAGGCCUUGCACGAUACUUUCUCCGCUUUUGGUAAAAUCUUGUCUGUGAAAGUUGCUACUGAUGACAUGGGACAAUCGAAAUGUUUUGGAUUUGUUCAUUAUGAAACCGCUGAAGCUGCUACUGCUGCCAUUGAAAAUGUCAAUGGUAUGUUGUUGAAUGACCGUGAAGUCUUUGUUGGCAAGCAUGUUUCCAAAAAGGAUCGUGAGUCAAAACUCGAAGAAAUGAAAGCUAACUACACCAACAUUUAUGUUAAAAACAUUGAUUUGAACUAUACCGAGAAGGAGUUUGAAGAAUUGUUUUCUCCUUAUGGUAAGAUUACUUCGAUUUACUUGGAAAAGGAUCAAGAUGGCAAAUCAAAAGGUUUUGGAUUCGUUAACUUUGAAGAGCACGAAUCCGCUUCUAAAGCCGUUGAGGAAUUGAACGACAAAGAAAUAAAUGGUCAAAAAAUCUAUGUGGGAAGAGCUCAAAAGAAGAGGGAAAGAACUGAAGAGUUGAAGAAGCAAUAUGAAGCCGUUAGAUUGGAAAAAUUGUCCAAAUAUCAAGGUGUUAAUUUAUUCAUCAAGAACUUGGACGAUCUGAUUGACUCUGAAAAGUUGGAGGAAGAGUUUAAACCAUUUGGAACAAUUACCUCCUCUAAAGUUAUGGUGGACGACUCAGGUAAGUCGAAAGGUUUUGGAUUUGUUUGUUUCAGCACUCCAGAGGAGGCUACUAAAGCAAUUACUGAAAUGAACCAAAGGAUGGUUAACGGUAAGCCCUUAUAUGUUGCUUUAGCCCAACGUAAAGAUGUUAGGCGCUCCCAAUUGGAACAACAAAUUCAAGCAAGAAACCAAAUGAGAAUGCAAAACGCAGCUGCUGCUGGUGGAUUACCAGGACAGUUUAUGCCACCAAUGUUUUAUGGUCAACAAGGUUUCUUCCCUCCUAAUGGUAGAGGUACUGCACCAUUCCCUGCACCAAACCCUCAAAUGAUGAUGAGAGGUAGAGGUCAGCCUUUCCCCGAGCAAUGGCCAAGACCUGGUCCAAAUGGACAACCAGUUCCAGUUUACGGUAUCCCACCUCAAUUCCAAGACUUUAACGGUCAAAACAUGAGACCACAGCAACAGCAGCAGCAACAGCAGCAACAGCAGCAGCAACAGCAGCAACAACAGCAGCAACAGCAGCAACAGCAGCAACAAAGAGGAUAUUACCCUAACCGUCCAGUUGGCGGCAAGGUUUCAACCAAAGAAUUGGCUGCAUUAAUUGCAAGUGUUCCACCUGAAGCACAAAAGAGAAUAUUGGGUGAGGAAUUGUACCAAAGAAUUGUUGCAACUGGUAAAGCUCAAGAACCUGAAGCUGCUGGUAAAAUUACUGGUAUGAUGUUGGGUUUGGAGAACCAAGAAAUAUUAGAUUUGUUAGAUGAUGAUGAAUUGUUCAACAAUCACUUUGAAGAGGCUUUGACUGCUUUUGAAGAAUACAAGAACUCAGAAGGUGUAGCUGUUAAUGAAGAAGCUUAA